UAUGUUACCGAUGUACGUGUAAAUAAAUACAUAUGCAUUUUCGAUUUAACAACACAAUGUGAAAUUUUUUUUUUAGGGACAUUUAAAAUUAUUUAUACAGGUGACGAGUAGCAAACAGGUUUUUGAAAAAAACAUUUUAGAAAAAAUACUAGAUUCAAAAGAUAAUAGAAUAUUUACAGACCUAUAUCAGGGUGUUUUACAAAGAUACAAUGAAGUGAUAGCAUAUGGGAAUACUAUAAACAUAAAUAAAAAUCGUAUAUUUUCAGAAGCGUUUGAGGGAAUACCGAUUUACAAUGAUGACAAACAUAUGACACACAAGUUUCAUUUAAAUGCACAUAAUAUAUAUCCGAAAAUCAAAGUUCAAACAGAUGAGAAUAAUCAUCACGAAUAUGAACGAAGUUAUGCAAAAAAAGUAGCUGAAUGGCAAAAAAAUGAUAAUUCAAUAUUAUUCCCUAGAGAUAAUUUUAGUUCAGAAAUUGGAAAAAAACAAAAAGUAAAAAAUAGUCGACAAAUAUCAGCACCAACAAAUGAAUCUGACAUAGAUUAUUUAAACAAAGUUAUUGAUAACGUGAUAAAAAGUAGAAAUAACGAAAACUACGUUAAAAUUAAAGGUGCUCGCAAUUUGCAUAAUUAUGAAGAAGAUAAAUAUUCAAAAACAAAAAGAUCUUUUAUGAGACCUAAUAUAAAAAUAAACUCAGAAACUAUAAAUGACAACAUCGAAAUGUAUGGCAUAAAUAAACCAAUACUACGAUAUAAUAAUGAUGAAAGUGAAAUAGAACACAGAAAUAUUAGAAAGCGUAUGAAAGAACAUUAUACAAACAAUGUUCAAAAUGCACAUGUAAAUCUAGAUGAUUUAAAUUCAUAUAAAAAUUUGACGAUAAAUAAAAAACAAUUUUUAACAUUACUCAAUAAAAGCAAGCAUAAAAAUUUAUUUAAAAGAGUUUACCAUAAAGUUAAGAAGAAUAAAAGCUUGAAAUGGACUAUUGGCGUUUUAUUGGGUGCAGUUUUAUUAACACUUGCUACUCCUUUUUUAUGUAUUAGUUAUAUAUAUAUGAGCUUAAAGUUAAAAUAUGAUGGAGUAACUGAUGCUAUAGAUUAAAGCACCCUUUAAGAUUACAAUUAAAGAAAACCAUGAGUAGUAUAGCUUUAUGUAUAAUUAUAUUAUUAUUAUUAUUUUUUAUUUUUUUUUUUUUAUUAGUAAUUAUGUGUUGUC